GAGGAGGAGGAGCUAUUGAGAGAUUAUACUACUAAGCUAGUCUUCCUCAUCCACAUGUGAUAUGUCCCUAUCUUCCUCUCUAUCGAAACAAGCAAGAAUUUUGAGCUUUGGUUCUGAAAGUUCAGGCUUUUUUUUCCUGCUGGGGUUCUAAAGAAUUCAAGAAAGUUAGCUUCUUUGUUGUUUUUGGUGGAAUUUGGGUCUGAAAUUUUUGUGGGUUUUUGAGCUGAAAGGUUGGAAACAAUGGAGAGAGAUUUUCUGGGUUUGAGCCCCAACAAUGGUUGUGUGACUCUGAAAGAAGAAACCAAUGAUGAAGCCAAGAAUUCAGCGGUACCUAGAAGUUCAGGGAUGCAGUGGUCGUUUUCAAACAAGGUUUCUGCACUUCCGCAGUUCCUGUCUUUCAAGGCUCCUCAAGAAGAUAGGCCAAGAAAAGCUGUUCAUGAUAAUACAUCUGCAUUUAUGACUAUUUCAACUGCUGAUGCUUUUCACUCCAGCCAGAAGUCGUUCUCUGGUGUAAUUCAGAAAAAUUUUGUUCUUGAUAAGCAAGCUGGAAACCACUGUGGAAUGACAGUAUAUCCUAUGCUGCAGUUUGAUGCACAUUCAGUUCAUCACUCCCAGAUCCCAAUUACUUUGAGUUCUCCAGUUCUCCAAUCCAUUGCUCCUGUUGGGAAUAAUGGUUCUACCAUAAAACUGCAACCACUUGGAGGAGUUCCAGUUUUGUCCCCUGUACCUGCUCAUCCUUCUACAACCUCCGUAGUUGGUACCACCGAUCUUAGGAACGCAUCCCAUUCUUCUGGGGCGCCUACUCAGUUAACCAUCUUUUAUGCUGGUUCUGUGAACGUUUAUAAUGAUGUAUCUCCUGAGAAGGCCCAGGCUAUUAUGUUGCUGGCUGGAGAUGGAUCGUCUCCGACUCAUUGUAAAUCACCUUCUGUAGCUCAAGUGCAUGCACCGACACCUGGGCCUUCACUAGGAGGUGAUGGUUUUUUCAGGAACCAGUCCCAUAUUAAAUGUUCAAUCUCUGCACUUCCAAGCCCUCUUUCUGCAACUUCACAUGGUAGUUCUCACGUUGGAGGAACAUUUAAUAGCACUAAUGAAUUAGCUAUAGUGAAACCAGUAGGAACUUCAGCGUCUCCUAUUGACCGCUCAGAGCCUUCUCCAGUAGUCAGUUCAGUGGGAUCGGCUAUGACGAACCUGAUUCCAGCAGUACCUGUGCCUCAAGCACGUAAAGCAUCCUUGGCUCGGUUUUUUGAGAAGCGCAAGGAGAGGAUGACGAGUACAGCACCAUACAAUGUCAGCGGGAAAUCUCCAGACCACAGCACGCCCAGAUCACAAGGUUUGAGUUUCUCGUUCAACUCUUCCGGUUCUUGUCCUCCCCAAGCUACAAAUUAGCGUUUUAUGGUGGCGGUGUGCAGUCGAAAAGGGAAGAAGUAACAAAAGCUUCCAACUGGCAUAGAUCAUUGUUUUAACAAUCUCUUUUGUGCUUGUAGUUGUAAGAUCAUUUUUGGACCUGAAGGAUUAGAUAAAUGUAUGAUAGAUAUAUACAUAUAUGGUAUAAGUGUUCUGUUUUUUACCUUUCACUGUGCUGUAAAAAUGUAUUGUUUUACUUUCUGCAUUGGAACUUGGAAGGCAAAUUCUAGAGGCCAUGUUUCUGUAUUGAUGUGUUGUACCAAUUGACAUUGAUGAAAUUGAAGCAAAUAUUUUUUUU